AUGGAACAUUUUAUUGACUUUUAUAGACAUGUUAUUUACAAUGAUGAAUUUUGCACCAAUUUCUUAAAACAACGUGGUGUUUUACCCACUGCUAAAGUAUGCCAAAAAGUUAAUUCAAAUAAUGAAGCAUGUGGAGGGGCCCUUCAGGAGUAUAUGAAAAACACUCGCAACCAUGAUGCAGAUGGUAAAGUUAUUAAAGAAAAGUGUUUACGUUGUCAGAAGAAAGGAUGCCAAACAUUUCAGUCAGAGCAAGACAUACUGUUACUCGGACGAAUGGAGGGCUUACAGCAGUUUAAGUGA